AUGAAGAGAGCGGCGUCACAAGCUGUAAAGUGCUUCAGCUGUGGAGAAGAAAGCCAUACCAGUUCCCGUUCACCAGUUUGUCCCAACCACACUCAAUCGAAGCAGGAAUUCAUCUCCUCUGUCAUUGGCAGUGACUCGACCACAUUUACUAGGAAACUUCCUGUUAGCCGUGCCGUAUUACCCGAAUAUCGUGAAAAGUUUAUGAAAAAAGUCAUUUCGUGCUGCAAUGGCAUUAGGGCUAUAAUCUUCCGUUGUCAGCUAUUUGUCGAUACUUAUCUCGCCCAUAAUAAGAAGAAUGACUUCCCUUCCGGAGUCUUUACACAGCAAUUCUGGUACUCGAUUGAACAACUGCAAUCAGCAAUAACUUCACCAAAGGCUAUAGUCAGUGUCUUACAGAAGCUGCCAAGGAGACAAGUGUUGCAUACACCAAUUCUAUUGUUGUACUCUGAGGAACGGAUGCUGAAAUAUUUGACCUACAAGGUUCAAAUUUGUUCGUUCUUUGACAAGCUUGUGACAGAGAGAGUUACCCUUCUGUCACUAGCAGCAAUUCCUGCGAACUUCGCCAAGCCCUUGUGGUAUAUCCUAUCUGUCUAUGAGCAGGAACAUGCCGAACAUGCACCCAGUUUUAUCGUGUCUUCAGUUUCAAAAAGCUGGGCUUGGAGAGGACAAAGAGACGUGUUUACUGCUGCAAGUGGGUUGGAUAUUGAAGAGCACCAGGUUCGCAAAUGCUCCAACAAGGAGUACUAUCAUAUGACUGGAAGCACCAGAUCUUCAGCACGCUUGGAAAAGAGAAAAACCGACUCCAUCAAACAGGUUGAAAUCGAGAUCCCAACCGUCAAGACAGGUUCUCCUCAGCAGUAUAAAAACCAUGUGAAAUACAUAUUGCAGCAUAUUAAGAUUCUCUUUUCUUUCUACGUUGCUGGUCCUGCUGAAGAUAGGUUCCGUCUGUAUCAAGGUCGGAAGCGUGCAGCCGAUAACAUGGUCAACAUGCUUCUUGAUGGAACAAGCAAGUACAAUGAGAAUUUGCGAGCAAAGAAAAGGGCAGUCGCAAAAAAGAAAAAAAAGAACAUAAGAAAGAUUGCAGAGACUGAUGAAGAUGAAGGACAGAAAGAACAAGACAGAAAUGUUAAAGGCACGGGAAAGGAAAAAAGAGUUCCUCUUGUUGUCUUUGGAGAUGGCAUGUUUGGCAAAGAUAGCGUGAAGUUGAAGGGACUCCGUUGUGAUGUUGUUGGUGCCUUGUUCCGUGCGCUGAAAAGAAGGGAAGCAGCCGGUAAUCUGUUAGUGCUGAUGAUUGACGAAUUCAAGACGUCGAAGAUUUGCUGCCGCUGCCGCAGCGAGGAAUUUCAUGGCUUAGAUGAUGUUCCCGACCAUAGUAUACUCGCCUGUAAAAGCUACGGUAUACUAAGAAACCGGGACAUCAAUGCCUGUAAGAACAUGAUGUCCAUAGGCACCACCAUUUGGAAUGGAAACGGUAGACCCGAAGUACUCUCAACGAAGACCGCCACCGCCACCACCUCCUCUACACUAACACGUAACAUCGCUGGAACCAAACCAGCUGAUUUUUACAGGUAA